UCGCUGCAAAAAGCACCCACUCGUUGCAAAACACAAUAAUAUUUAACUAUAAUGCGCCAUUACCAAGAGGUUUUCGUUCGAACUGCCGGUCAGAUUAUUGUCGAGCGUUGAGUUCUUCUAUACUUCUAGCGAUAGUUGUAUUACUGCAGUCGCACGCAUUCAGCGCCAUUCGAUAAGCCAUUCGCUUGGCUUGCAUUUAUGGCUCUUACAGCCAUGCUGCCAUAAAUCAGCAAUUGCCGCCUGAUUGCAAUAACAAAAUACAGACGAGUUUUCCAUAUCGAAUUUGUCACUUGUGUUCUACUGUACAACAAAUGGAAUGGCCAUCGCUGAUAAAUGAUCUGGUGCCUUAGACUUCGUUUUUCUGACCUCCGCCCGCAGAAUCCUCGAUUGAAAAGUUGUCCGAAACCAGAAACUUUCCCUUUCCAUGUACGUCUGGAGCAAGCGUUACUGUCCGAGAUCCGAUAGCCGGUGGCAAUAUGUUUCCUAAUAGGUCUGCCACUACAGAUGCACGAGGAACCGUCCGUCCAGAAACGUCAACCACGUACUCGCAGCUGGAACGUGCAUCACGCACCCUGUUAGAAACAGGUAAUGACCGCACCCUGUUGGAAUUCGAACGCCGGCGGUCUGGAUUCCAGGAUGAGGUUGCUGAGACAAUCAGUGACAUGAAAAAGCCAAGCACACUAUGUUUGGCUCCCCAUCCACUGACUGACCGCGGAGCACGAAAACCCAAAUGCGCAAGAUGCCGGAACCAUGAUGAAAUGGCGUGGCUUAAAGGGCACAAGAAGAGCUGCCCCUAUAAGGAAUGCACGUGCGACAAGUGUAUUCUCAUCAUGGAACGACAACGCGUGAUGGCUGCGCAGGUUGCUCUGAAGCGUCGUCAAGCCGCCGAAGAAGCUGUUGCGAUUGGGCUGCGCGCAGCCGUUACAGAUGACAAUUUGGGUUACAUCCCGCCAGGACCAAUUUUUCCCAGCCACUCGCGCCGAGGCUCUUCUUCACUGAAAAGCCUACCUGAAUCGGAUUUUUGUCAGAGGCCGUUAUCUCGACCGCACUCUUCAGUUUCAGUCAACGAUAGCGUCUCCAACAGGAACUGCAGAAGUUCCAAUCCGUCAUUGGAAGACGAAGACCUUAUAGAGAAUGCCACAAUCAUUAGCUCUCGCAUACAUGGACAAGAAAGUGUCAUAAAACGCGCAAAAACCGAACAGCGUGCCAGUUGUGGCAGGCGCUUAGAAAGUCGUCCGGAGAAAUCAAAUCAAGACUCUACGGAUAUCGAAAACGUAAAAAUCUUGAGAAAAGUAUUCCCGACUCACGCUAACGAAGUGUUAUUGGAAGCUUUGAACAAGCAUCAUGGAAAUUUGUUCCAGACAUUACAGUACAUGUUUUCGGAAAAAGGAUGUUCGACGGUACCGUAUGAGCAAAAACCUCCACACCCGUCAAACGCUACGGCCGUCCACAGUCGAUCCGGUUCAGAGAAUACAAGCGGCUAUCGCGAUGCAUACAAAAUGCCCACGCUCCAUGACACUGCGGUAAUGAAUUUUGUAAAACCGCCUUGGAUGGGUGACUAUCACACACACCCAUUAAUGGAUACUCACUGGACCCUGAUUCGUCCGGAAGAGUUAGUCCGGUCUACCCAAUUUCCCAGUGCUAUGUCACCCCUGUUCACUGCCUAUCCGACGGUAACUGGUGGAUUCGCCCCGCAUAUAUCGUACCCGGACUAUUCAGCUUUAUUUCCUGUGCGUCACCCUUCCGAGAGAUUGCUGCGCCCAUCCUUUGCAAACAGUAAACUGACGAGCGAGCAGCCGGCAUACAUUUAUGGUAUUGCGGAAACUAUGCACAGCGGAAACAUCAAGAGGGAAUAGAUGCCGCGGUCAUCCGUGCAGUCGAUUCGAAAACCUGAGUGCGCUUGCACCUUAUCCAUGUAACUUCCCACCAUUGCAUUAAUUUAUGUAAGUGAAUAGUCUUGAGCCGGUAUAAGUGGUAUCUCAUCGCUGAUCUGUCCAACGAUUGCGCUUUCCUCGAUUGAUGACAGUUCCUGAUCUGAACCUGCACAAUUUUGUGCAGGAAGUUUGCGGUUUUUUUGUUAUGAAGGGUGCUACACAUUUGUUUCUGCCUAUAAUUUUUAUUGUUGCCUUGACUAUUUGCUGCAAUUUAUUAAACGUUCAUAACAAAUGUUUGUUUGGGUUUUUCGAAAAAUAUAUAUCGAUUGCAAGUUGUUGUCACUGAUGUUGCAAAUCAUGAUUGUGUCACGUG